UACUCCUCCUGCAGUUACCUGUUACCGUAAGCCUCCAUUUCAGUCUGUGGAGAGCCAAUACAGAGAGAGAGAGAGAGAGAGAGAGAGAGAAUGGCGAAUGCAGAUGUAGAAGCGGUGGACUUCGAGCCGGAGGACGACGACCUCAUGGACGAGGACGGCGGCCAAGACGUCGACGGCAGUGUUGCUUCGCCAAGGGUUAGGGCUCCUGGUACUACUACUACCCUCCCCAAGCUCAAGUCCGCCAUCACCGCCAAGAGGACCAAAGGCCGCGGCUUCCGUCACGAAGAUGAUGCCAAUGAUCGCACCACUCGCCUCUCCGCUCCCUUUGAUUCCCUCCACACCGACGGCGGCCCCGGUCCUGAACGAUCCAUUGAAGGAUGGAUUAUCCUGGUCACUGGUGUUCAUGAAGAGGCACAAGAAGAUGAUAUACAAAAUGCAUUUGGUGAAUUUGGGGAGAUUAAGAAUUUGCAUUUGAAUCUUGAUCGUCGAACUGGAUUUGUCAAGGGGUAUGCGCUGAUUGAAUAUGAGAACUUCGAAGAAGCACAGAAAGCUAUAAGUGAAAUGGAUGGAACUGAACUCCUUACUCAAACCAUCAAUGUUGAUUGGGGAUUCAGCAAAGGUCCAUAUCGGAGGAGGAAUAUGCGAAGGAGAUCAUCAAGAAGUCCCAGGAGGAGAUAUUAAAUCUGUCACGUGGAGUUUAUAUGGAGGAAACCAGACACCUGGACAGACUAAAGAGUUUUUGUUUUUUUCCAGUGUAGUUCAACUAAUUUCCUGUAUGAUCAUUAGUCUGUUUGCUGAGGAUGCACACGCCAUGCCCUUGCCUUUAUUUAUAUUUCACUCUGUUCUUGGAUGUUUCUAUGGAAUCAUGUAAGAUGUUGCAACAUUGUGUGGAGUGGUGCUCUUGGUCUUGGAUAUCAAUCAUUAAAUGGGGCUUAACCUUUGUUGCUACACUUGUCAUAGGCAAUUGAGUUUGAUGCUGCAGUGAUUAUGGGAGACAGUCCCCUCUUUUCUUUUA